ACUCAAUCCCUUGACAAUGAUUGCGUGUACUUUAUUAUUGAUACUUGCAAUCGGCGCGCAAUGUGAUACACAUGUUUUGGAGAAAUUGCCAGGGGAAGGCGCGCGACAUAAGCGACUUUUGUUUUACGACGAAGACGGCAACCUGGUGAAGACUUACAAGAAUCCGUAUCUUCAAGACUUAGCUCUUCAUGUCGACAAAUAUCCAUUCUACGGCAACUUCUUGAACCCGUUCUUUACAUUUAUUCGUGCUUCCUACGGCGGAACUCUAGCUGCCUUCGCCAUCCCGGUAUCAAGCGAAGUGGUCGAACAAAUCCAAAAUGAUCCAGUGUACCAACACAAACUCGUAUUAGCUCCUAAGAAGGAUCCAAUCGUAGCACCAAACACUCUAUGUGAAGGGAAGAGAGCUCAAGUUCCUGCAAAAAAUUGUAACAAUUUCUUGAACUGCUGGGACGGAUGGGCGUUCGAGCAAGAAUGUCCUGAAGGAUUGUUGUUCUCGAGAGAAGGAUAUUGUGACUACGCUGAUAAUGUUGAUUGCAGUAAUAGAGAAAUAUUGCACAAACCUGAAGGACCAAAACCGCAACCGGUGCAGCCUGUGAUACCACUACCUCCUGCGCAAGUUCCUCAGCCUCCCUCUCAACCUCAACUCCCAGCUCAACCCCACCCACCAAUUCAAUCCCCAGCUCAGCCGCAACCGCCAUCGCUGCCCCAUCCACCAGUUCAACCUCAACCGCCACCUCAACCAACUCCAAUCCAACCGCAGCCUCCCCAACCAUCUCCAUGUCAGCACCCUCAACCACAACCACCACAACCCCAACCACCUCAACCCCAACCACCACAACCCCAACCACCACAACCCCAACCACCUCAACCGCAACCUCAACCCCCUCAACAAAUUUAUCCCCAACAGAUGUGCAGCCAAGACUUCGAGUCGUUCAUAAACAAAUACAAUUGCAACGAGUUCUUCGUCUGCGUGAACCGGCAGCCUGUCAAAUUCCAAUGCCCCGCUGACCUCGCAUACAGUGAGUAUUUGGGAGUAUGUGACUACCCGGAUCGUGUGGGCUGUGUUGCAUCUACGCUUCCUCCGUCGAUGCGAGGGUCUGCGUCAUCUCCACCUCCUGCUGCAGCGAUAUCUACCAAGCCGGCUUUCAUCAGUCCGGAACUUUUUGUUAAUUAUCAAAGCCAUAUGUCGGGGUCGAAAAUAGCAAUGUCACGUCAAGACGCCAUUCGUCAACUCCAAGGAAUUAAAUAAAUUCGUCAUUGCAAAAUGUCGGUACUGUGUAAUAUGAUUUAGUUUUGAACGCAUCUUUCAAUGGAACGUAGGAAAUAUCCAUUGCUAUAACAGAAUGUAUCUUUCAGCAAUAAACUAUGAGCCGACAUCAAA